CAAAGAGGCUGGAAUCCUAUCAAGAGAUGGCUUCAGAGGAUGAGGAUUCAGCUGAUUGUCAGUGUGACUCUUCGACCCAUAUUUCAAAAUGGCAGGGGCACAACUGCAGAGCUGUGAAUGAACCUUUGAACAGAAAGUCUUUCAAUCAGUUGUCUGGUAGUUACCCUGCAUUAGGAGGGGAAGAUGGAGCAGGUGAUGUUCCCCACACAGGACAUGUUGCUUUCAGCAGCCCCAUUGAAACGGAUGUUGUACCAGACACACAACUGCUGGAGAAGUUCAGUCAAAUUUAUUCUCAUUCCUAUCAACAAUCAGAAGAAGCUAGCAGCAAGUUAUCUUUAGAGACAACGUACAUCACUGACUUCUUUCUUGCUCUGGCAAUCUGUAAUACUGUUGUAGUUUCAGUCCCCAGUCAACUGCGUCAGAAGAUGAGACUCUCUUCGCUGGGUAGGAUGCCUAUUAAAUCACUUGAGGAAAUCAGGCAGAUGUUCCAGAGGUUGUCAGUCCGGAGACUAAGUUCCUCCCCACUUGCAAGUAUGAAAGAGUCAUCAUCUGAAAGCCCCAAUAGUUUUGUGAGCAAACUGUCCAUUUUCAGAAUGAAACUGGCUUCACCAGCUGUGGAUGGAGCUGCUCGAAGGGCUGCUGAGCCUCACAAUACUGACAGCCCAGAAAAUUCCCAAGUGCCUCAAGAACUAGAUAUGGUGGAUGUAGCUGCUGGCAGCGAACACAACAGUGCUGCGUCAUCUAUUGAAUUGUCUCCCUUACCUAAACUAUGUUACGAAGCUGAGAGUCCGGAUGAAGCUGCCUUGGUUCAUGCUGCUAGGGCUUACAAAUGUGUUUUACAGUCUAGGACUCCAGAUCAAGUAACUGUGGACUUCAUAGGUCUGGGAUCUUUAACGUUUCAGCUUUUGCAUAUCCUGCCUUUUGAUUCAGUGCGGAAAAGGAUGUCAGUGGUGGUUCGGCAUCCAGUCUCCAACAAAGUGGUGGUGUACACAAAAGGUGCAGACUCAGUCAUGAUGGAUUUGUUGAGAACUACAUCUGAAGGUACUAAUAAUUCAGAAAUGGAACCAAAUAAGAUUAAAGAGAGAACUCAGAAGCAUUUGGAUGACUAUGCCAGAAGAGGACUGCGCACUCUGUGUAUUGCUAAGAAGGUGAUGAGUGAUGCAGAAUAUGCAGAGUGGUUAAACCAUCAUUUUUUAGCGGAAGCUAGUAUUGACAAUAGGGAGGAGCUGCUGCUUGAAUCUGCCGUCAGGCUUGAGACUGAACUAACUUUGCUUGGUGCCACUGGCAUUGAAGAUCGCCUGCAGGAGGGUGUUCCAGACACAAUACAGGCAUUACGGAAAGCGGGAAUAAAAAUAUGGAUGCUGACAGGUGACAAGAGAGAGACAGCUGUCAACAUUGCCUAUGCUUGUAAACUGCUGGAACCAGAUGACAGAAUCUUCACUCUCAAAUCACAGAGUAGGGAUGCCUGUGCCUUGGUGAUGAGCAAAAUUUUAGAAGGCAUCCAGAAGAAUACUUCUGCCAAAAAUUCCCUCAGUCAGAAACUUGGGAGUGUCUCUGCAAGUUCCUCCACCCAAGCUCCAGGGUUCAGUGCAGGCCUGGUUAUUGAUGGAAGGACUUUAGAGCAUGUCCUUCAUGACAGCCUACAGGAUAUUUUCUUGGAACUCACGGAAAGAUGUCGGGCUGUAGUCUGCUGCCGAGCCACACCACUGCAGAAGAGUGUCCUGGUCAGACUGGUGCGAAAUAAGCUGAAGGCAAUGACAUUAGCUGUCGGUGAUGGUGCCAAUGAUGUCAGUAUGAUCCAGGUGGCUGACACUGGUGUGGGAAUAUCGGGCCAAGAGGGCAUGCAGGCUGUUAUGGCAAGUGACUUCGCAAUCUCUCAGUUUAGACACCUCAGGAAGCUGCUGCUUGUCCACGGUCAUUGGUGUUACACCAGACUUACCAACAUGGUGCUUUACUACUUCUACAAGAACGUGGCCUACGUGAACCUCCUGUUCUGGUACCAGUUCUUCUGUGGGUUUUCAGGCACAUCAAUGACUGACUACUGGAUCUUGAUUCUUUUCAAUCUCCUAUUUACAUCAGUGCCACCCAUCAUUUAUGGUGUCUUGGACAAAGAUGUGUCUGCGGAGAUACUCAUGCAGCUCCCACAACUAUACAUGAUGAGCCAGAAGUCUGUGGCUUACUUACCUUCAACUUUCUGGAUAACCUUGCUGGAUGCUUUUUACCAAAGUCUUGUUUGCUUUUUUGUGCCUUACUUUACUUACUAUGGCUCAGACAUAGACAUUUUUUCUUUUGGAAACCCUAUAAACACAGCAGCGCUCUUCAUAAUACUGUUUCACCUUCUCAUUGAGUGCAAGUCUGUGACUUGGAUACAUACAGCAAUUAUAGUUGGCAGCAUCCUGUUCUACUUUGUCUUUGCUCUGGCUUUUGGGGCAACCUGCAAAACCCACAACCCACCAUCAAAUCCUUACUGGAUCAUGGAAAAGCACAUGACAGACCCAGUAUUUUACUUAGUUUGCCUCCUGACUACUUGUGUUGCUCUGCUACCCAG